AUGCUCCAGCAGAUGCAGGCUGUGUGGGCACUCCUGCUCUGCCUGGCUGCAGGGCACCUUGCAAGUGCCAACCUCUGCAAGACCCAUGGCACCAUCCUGGGCAUCCCCGGGUCACCAGGACUGCCUGGCAGCAAUGGCAUAGAUGGGGUGAACGGCCCGAAGGGUGAGCCAGGGCGCCCUGGCCAGGUGGAGAAUGAAGUGGACAGGGGAGAGAAGGGAGACCCAGGACUGCCCGGGUACCCCGGGAAGACUGGACCCAGGGGUAUCCUGGGGCAAAUGGGACUACCAGGUCCCAUGGGACUCCCUGGCCCUGAGGGAGACCCUGGUGACUACAAGGCCACUGUGCAGUCUGCCUUCUCGGCUGCCAGGUCCCUGGGCUACCCGCGGCAGGAGCAGCCUGUGCGCUUCAACCGCGUCCUGGUCAAGGAGAAGGGGCACUGCAGCAGCCGCUCCACCUGCCGCAUCCCGGGCAGCUACUGCUUCACCUACCACGUCACCUCCCGGGGCAACCUGUGCCUCAGCCUGAGGAAGGGUCGGGGUCAGCAGGGUGAGAAAGUGGUGACCUUCUGUGACUAUGUGCACAGCACCUACCAGACCACCACGGUCCUCGAGGCGGCAGUGAACGAGUCUGUCUGGCUGGAGCCGACAGACAAGAACAACCUGGUGGAGAUGGAAGGGUCCGACAGCAUCUUCUCUGGCUCCCUCAUCUUCCCUGACUCCCAGGUGUCCUUCUGA